AUGACUCGCUAUGGAGAUUGUCGCAUUCUCUGCACCUACAACGCCAAAGCAAUCUCCACCAACGCCGAUCUUCACGCCCUUCUCGAAGCUACAGGAGGCAUCAACUACCACGUAAUCGCUUUGCAGGAAACAAAGUCCAGGAAGACGGACGUGAGGCAGCCGAGUGAUGGCACACUCAUUAUUUGUGUUGAAAAAAUUCCACGGAACGUCGGAGGGGUUGGAUUUGUCGCACACCCAUCUGUUGUCCAUCUUGUCGAUUCACAUAAUAUCUUAACCUCGCCUGGCUAUCCUUCGACUCCGUCCUCUGCAUCAGAUAACCAUCAUAUAUUGCUAUUCUGA